AUGGCUUCCCGGUCUUUACCGUCCACGUCUACCAAAGACAAAGCCAAAGGAAAAACCAUCAAGCUGGCCAUUCUCGACGACUACGCCAACAUUGCGCCGGCGUACUUUCAGCGUCUGGCCAGCAGUAUCAAGAACACCGACCUCGACCUAGAAAUCCACUCCUUUCCAACCACGCUCAACGCGCGUCUCCCCAACGAACACGACGCGCUCAUCGCCCGCCUGCAGCCCUUCAGCAUCAUCUCGUCGAUGCGCGAGCGGACCCAGUUCCCGCGCUCAGUACUGUCGCGGCUGCCGAACCUGAAGCUGCUGCUGACCACGGGGGCGAAGAACGCGGCCAUCGACGUCGGGGCGUGCAAGGAGCUCGGCAUCCGCCUGGUCGGCACGCGGGCCAAGUCUGGCGCGGUGCCGGGCUACGACAGCACCAACGAGCAGACCUGGGCGCUGAUCUUGGGCUUGGUCAGGAAUGUUGUGGUGGGGGAUACGAGGCUCAAGACGACCAGGGAUGGAUGGCAGACUGACGAGACUGACAUUGAUACUGUCGCUGACGACACUGACGAGACUGCCACUGAUGCUGAUAUUGAUACUGAUACUACCGCCGACGCUGCCACUGCCACUGCCACUGCCGAUACCAACCCAGGCAACCACUCAAACUUCAAUCCAGCACUCGUCUCAUCUCUGGCCGGCAAGACGCUCGGCCUGCUCGGGCUCGGGCGACUAGGGACGCAAGCCGCGGUGACGGGCCACCUGGGAUUCGGCAUGCGGGUGCUAGCGUGGUCGAGCAACCUGACACAAGCGCAAGCAGACGCGGCGGCCACAGGGCGCGGCCUGCCCGCGGGCACGUUCGAAGUGGCCGGGUCGAAAGCCGAGCUGUUCCGCCGCGCCGACGUCCUGAGCAUCCACUACGUGCUGAGCGAGCGGUCGCGCGGCAUCGUGGCCAAGUCGGAACUGAGUGUCAUGAAGCCGACCGCCGUGCUGGUCAACACGUCGCGCGGUCCGCUGGUCCACGAGCCCGAUCUGCUCGAGGCCCUGGAGACCGGCGCUAUCGCCGCCGUCGGCCUCGACGUCUUUGACACAGAGCCCCUGCCGCCAGAUAGUCCGUGGCGCCGGCCGCGGUUCUGGGGCCGCGGCGGUCGGAGUCGUGUCUUGCUGAGUCCGCAUCUGGGCUAUGCGGAGGAUGAAACUAUGCAUGCGUGGUAUGAGCAGCAGGUUGCCGCUGUGCGGCUUUGGCUUAGUGGAGCAGAGAUCACGGCUGGGGUGGUGAUUGUUUAG